UUACGACAAUCGUAAGCAGUUCGAUGUCAACAAUAUCGUGGCAUUUCAUGAUUUGUUCCUGAAUUUAGUAACUUAUAUGUCCGAAAGCUAGAAUUAUAAACACGUAGUCUUUAUUUUGCUAUUUCGGUCAUGACGGGGGACUAAGUUGAUGAAAGAUCAAAGGACUUUGUUACCUGAGUCAAAAUGAGACAGUGAGAAGAGAGAACAGAUGAAUGGAUUGGAAAUAAAACAGAAUGCCGUUAGACCGACGAGCAGGCUUACAGCUGGGGCUGCUGUUAAUGGCGGUUCCUUUACAGUACAUCGUCUCUAGAUACAUGACAACCAAUGAAUCUCAGCGAAGCUAUGCAAUCAGAAACCUUUUUAACAGUGCAGCUGGUUUUAAGGAGAGGUAUCUAUCGUGGAAAUCCUGGCAGCAAUGGUGCAUGAGUUUUAUCUUCAGGGACGAGCCGGGGAGCUACGCUGGACAGGACGACCUCAAUGGGGAAUCCCCGGCCCUAGAGGUCAUGAAGUUCAAGGACCCAGAGGGGUAUUUUGGAGCCUCUACGGAGCCUCGUAGUCCUCGACCUCCAGAGGUCAGGUAUAGAGUGGGCCAAGUAAUACGCCACAAAAUAUGGGGCUACCGAGGGGUAAUUGUUGCUUGGGAUCCUCAAGCCAGGGCCCCUGAAGGUUGGGUAGAACAGAACCACAGAAAAGACAAACCUCAAUGGAGAACUCAGCCGAACUAUGCCAUUCUUGUAGAUACUAGGGACAGAAUGACGCCACAGCUGACGUAUGUACCCCAGGAAAACAUUGAUAUCAUAUCUAAUGUCAAGAUUAUGCACCCCGGAAUAGAAAACUACUUUGAAGGAUUUGAUGGUGCUCAGUACAUACCUCGACCUUGGCUUAAAGCUGUGUUUCCUCAUGAUUGACCUUGACCUCUUGUGAUAAGUCCUUGACAUUUCUUGAUAUUUUUUGACUUUCGUAAAAAAAGUGUAUAUAUGGAUAUUUCAAGAGGGAUGAAGUACAUGUAGAUUUAUAGUUUAUUUUUCUUGAAUUGUUGUGGUUGUUUGGUAACAUUUUAAUUUAUUUGAACAGGGUUACUGGAAAUUCUAUUUUUCUAUGCAAGAUCAAUUCUGGUACAUUCAAGUUGUCAUUUUCUCAACAUCAUGCUGUGUUAACUUUGAGCUACCAUAUUUAUUGUACAAAAAAAAACCCAAUCAAUCUCAACAAUGUAGAAUGUGAUUUGGCAUUAAAGUAUUUUUUUCUUCACAUUUUAGAUUUUGUAAUAUACCGGUACAUACUGUACUUGUGUACUUUGUGUUUCUCAUUGUUUUUAUUUGGUAGUGUCUGUUUUAAAUUAACUUUAUUUUCAGUUAAUUAAUUAUAUGUACAAUGCAUAUUAAGAAGACAUUCUCUUACAUUUAAUGUCAACAAUCCAAAUUUUAAAUAUGAAUCUGACAAGGAUUUCAUUCAGUGACAUGUGUGCAAUGUAUACUUUCACCUUUUGUCUUUCAUUGUAUAAAUUAAGUCUAUGAAAAUGCCAUAUGUACAUGUAAAACUCAACUGCUGUUGUAUUAAACCACACAUAUUUAGCUGUCCAACCAUAAGUGGUUGCAAGCCAAUACUUGCACUGCCUAUGUUGAAAAAAAAUAUAUUAUUUAUGAGUUCAUCAUUUAAUUUAAUAUCAUUGCAUUUAUUUUGAGAUCUUUCUGUUGCUAUUUGUUAAUUUAUCUUUUUCAACAUCUGAUGUGCCACAAACAUACUCUGCCUAAUUAUGCUUUUUGCAUCUUUUUUUCUUUCAUGAGGGGAAAAAGGUUGUUAUACGUAAAUGUGAAAGUCUCAACAUAUUACAUGUAUUGUUCAACAAAUAGACAUGAAGUUUGUUAUGUUCAUUAAAACGUGAUACAAAAGCCUGUUUUUUCUGUAGAUUUUAUUCAAUAUUGAGGUUUCAUCUGGUGUUGUGAAAUAAAGUUGAAUACACUCAGUCAAA